AUGUAUCCGAAUAACAAUGGUGGUGCCAAUUAUGGCUCUCAAAGCCAGUGGACCACUGGUCUAUUCGAUUGCUGUGAUGAUUCCUCAAGUUGCAUGCUUACUUGUUGCUGUCCCUGUGUAUCCUUUGGAAGAAAUGCUGAGAUCAUAGAUAAAGGAAAUGCAAGUUGUGGAUCUGCUGGGCUAAUAUAUUAUCUGCUGUGCUGCUGUGCAUCUCUGUACUCAUGCUCCUACCGAUCUAAACUGAGACAAGAGUAUUCAUUGCCGGAAGAACCAUGCAAUGAUUGUUGUGUUCACUACUUCUGUGCAACUUGUGCACUUUGUCAAGAGCAUAGGGAGCUCAAGAAUCGUGGCUUUGACCCUGCCAUAGGUUGGGCUGCCAAUGCUGAGAAAACAAAUAAGAAUGGAAAGACGCCACCAUUUGUUAUGCCAAGCAUGGACCGUUAGAGAUUUUAUUGUUUAUGUGAUCGAUGAUUAUUCGAUUUGUUAUCAAUUUAUCAUUA